AUGCACUUGGCGCGCUCCAACUCACACACUGUGAACGCUUGUGCAGAAAGUUUGUGCUCGCUAGGACUAAGUGAUUUUCAACACAUCACUGGAGAAGCGUUGAGUUUCCUAUCGAAACCAAAUUCGUAUUGGGCGAGAUGGCCCAAGUGGUUAGAGCGCGAACUUACUGACCGGAAGGUCCGUGGUUCGAACCUAACCUCUGCCACUCGACUUCCCCUGUCUAGGCUUGGGCAACUUGGCAGUAUCCCAGCCCUCAUGCUUCCUCCGAGAGAAAGAACGAGGGCUCGGAUACUACCAGGUUGCCCAAGCCUAGACAGGGGAAGUCGAGUGACAGGGGUCGGGUUCGAACCACGGACAUUCCGGUCAGUGAAUUCGAACUCUAACCACUUGGGCCAUCUCGCCCUUGUCUAUGUUCAAAACAGGCUGAGUUACCGCCUACACAAAAGCCCUCGCAAGUCAGCAAGGAUGCUAAACCACCAUCUUCAAAGAACUAUCAUAGCUCAACAAUUUCGAUCUGAGCUAGCCCAACCUCCUUCCACACACCGUACUGGUAGUGAGCACGUGGAUGAAACACGGCAAAAUGUGAAAGGAGUUGUGCUGGCGGUGUUCAUUGCUGUCUGUCUGACUUCUCCGAUUCGACCACAAGACCACUGGAUGUCGUCGAGAUCGCUGUGCAUGAUUGAUGCCAGGAAGUCGAUACUUGCAGCCAGCGAAUACAGCGGAGCGCGCAAAUCCCUCAAACACCAAAUAGUGAAGAGCCUACGGAAAAGCCGAGAGCUCUGGUGGACAUUGAAAGCCCGGGAGAUGAAGAAGGCUUUUGCUAAGGAAAACAGCCAUGCUCCAUAUCAACUGAUACGAUCAACUGGCCCUAGGAAAGCAACCCGUAAAAUAGAUGGUUCAUUAAUUCAUUCGCAAAAGCGUCGACUGGGAAGAUGGGCCGAACACUUCGACGAACGGUUCAGCUGGCCUCCUGCAACACAGCCGGUGGAGAUAAUGCUUACGGGCGAAUGGAAUGUAAACUUUGGUCGCCUGUCGGAAGACCAAAUAAGAUAUGAAAUAUCCGUACUGAAACGUGAGAAGGCACCAGGACAGGACGGUCUGUAUCCAACCCUCUUCAAAGAAGGCGGAAAAUCCCUGAAUGAAGAGAAAGUGCCUGCAGAAUGGUGUAUAUCGACCGUUAUUCCUAUCUUCAAAAGGGUUACACAGACGAUAUGUGAAUACCAUCAAGGCAUCAGUCUGGUAGCUGUGGCAUCGAAUGUCCCCUCUGACCUUAUCCUUCGAAUGUUGAGUGAACACAGGGAGAGACAGAUCCGUGAAAAUCAAGCUGGGUUCCGUCCUGCAAAAGGUUGCAUUGAUUAUAUCUUCAUCCUCCGACAGGUUCUGGAACAGCGAUACUGCUCCCAGCAACCAACAAUGGUUGUGCUUCUUGAUCUGAGAGCUGCCUUUGACUCUUGUCUAUGCAGGAAGGGUUUUUCUCAUAAAUUCUUGACCCUCCUUAAGGCGCUGCACGCCAACUUCUGCGGACGUGUGAAGGUCUACGGGAAGCUCUCGCCUAAGUUCACCACAUCAAGUGGUGUCCGACAGGGCUGUGCUCUUUCACCUUUCCUCUUCAACUUUGUCAUUGAUGCGAUCAUGGAGGACUCACUAUCAGCUUCUAAUGCCUGUGGGGUCGAAGUGAUCCCGGGGAGUCCGCUCACAGAUAUCGAGUACGCGGACGACAUGGCUCCUCUUGGAUCUGGUCCCGUGGUAAUGCAAACAAAUGUUAAACAGUCUAAAUAA